AUGUCAGAGACAAAUGGAGCUUCCCCGGAGGCUGACAGGGCAGCCGAGCAAGCCCGCCAGCGCAAGGCCAAACGCGAGGCGAAGCUCAAGGCUGGUGGCUCUACCAGACUGGACAAGAUCACUGGCAUGAGUGGCCGACCCAAAGCUGACUUUGAACCCCCGGCGACUGACGAGGCACCUAAGACAGCAGCCGCCGCAGCUACGGCCUCAACUAUCCCUGCCAACGACGCUGACCCCGAAGAGGUGGACAUUUCGCAACAUUUCUACGCACCACAGGCCACAGCUCGAUCGAAGAACGCAACCUCCGCCGGUCCUCAACCUGAAAUCUCGGAAGAUGCGCUGCGUCAGAUGAUGCUCGGGUUCGAUCCCACACAGAAUCCACGAGCUGGCGCGGCCGGCGCCCAGGGCGCGCCACCUUUUCCUGGCGCACACGGUGCGGGUGCGGAGGACGAUCCUAUCAUGAAGAUGAUGUCCCAGAUGAUGGGCGGCGCUGGUGGCGCUGGAGGGCCCAAUCCCUUUACUGGCAUGCCAAACUUAGGAGGCUUUCAGCAGCAGGCGUCUGGAACCCAGCCCAUUGAUUCCUAUACCGCUCUGUGGCGUGUGCUCCACGCCAUUGUCGCCUUGGGCCUUGGUCUUUAUAUCACUAUCCUGACACCUUUCACCGGUACGAAGAUCGAGCGCGAGACGGCUUCUCUGGAGGAGAAUGAGCAUCAGAAGCGAAUGUUCUUCUGGGUGUUUGCCACAGCUGAAGCUUGUCUUCUGACGACGCGCUUCUUCCUAGACAAGGGACGGGCACCGCCGCCUGGCAUCGCUUGGACAUUGACUGGGUACCUGCCUGAGCCAUGGAAAGGAUACGUGCAGGCUGUCAUGCGAUACGGACAGAUUUUCACAACGAUUAUGUUUUCAUAA